AUGGCAUUCAGAAGAGGUGCAGGACGCAGCAACUGCCAGUCGCCGGAUGCUCUGGUGCAGCACCCCACCCUCAGUGGGGUAUGCCCUCUGGUGCAGCACCCCACCCUCAGUGGGGUAUGCCCUCUGAUGCCGCCGGUUCUUGCCGAAUGGCGCAUCCUGGCGUGCGCGGCCCAGGUAGUUGACGGUGUGGACCCUCUCAACCGACAUGCCGUACACGGACUCCAGGCAUCCCACCACAUUCCAUCGCCCACGCCGGAUAACCGCACGAUGCUCAUGUGCUUGAGCAUCUGUAGAGUUAAGUUGGGAAAGCAGAUGGGGAUGCGGCGAGCUGGUAGCUGCCGUGCGCGGGGGCAGCGGCGGCUCGUCAAGAUCCAGAUCGAGCUGCUUGUCGUGCUGCUGGUGCUGGUGCUGGUUCUGGUGCUGUUGAAGCUGCUGCGGGUGAUGUCGUUGUCGGAGGACAUUAUCCUGGGGGUCGGUUGUUGGCAGCUGAUGAGAGGUGAGAAGGCUACUGCUGUCGCUACUGCCCGUGCCCGUGGAUGCGGCGGUGGCGGUGGCAGUAGCCUGAGGGAAGAAGAACGCCCCAGGGGGAUGGGGAAAGGAGGGAAAGCGCUGAUUGGCAUCGGCGGGGCGGUGCAGGUUAGGAUGGGUUGGAUGAAGGGGUUGCGCGCAGCCAGAGCUCACGGCAAGCGCACUGAAACAAGGCAUGAUGGGCAUGCGUUAAAGGAAAAAAAGAGGCGAAACACGAACGGCGACUAUGACAUCCUUCAGUCGUUAAGUGAUCAUCGAGCCUGCGCAGAACGUAGGUUGAUUGAUACUUGGGUCCUUGAGGCCCGAAAGCACGGCCAGCGGCCCCACCAAGUCGCGCAGUGGAUCCGACGCAAGGCUGGCACCACCAUCGUCAUCUGGCGUCGUUUACAUGACGGAACCCUAGGCUGUAGCGUACCCUGCGUUUGCUGCCGACAGCUGCUACAACACUACGGACUCCGAGUCAGCUGCGUCUUGGAGGGGGGCUCGUGGUGGGACGGCCGCCUCGACCAGCCGGGCGCUCCUCUUAGCAAGCCUACCAGUGGUCAGCGGCACAAGAUGAAUUUCGGGGGAGGCUUGGAGACUUCGCCGUCGCAACCGGCAACGGCAGUCGCAACGGCAGGGGAUCGGGAGCGACGUCGGAAGGUUUGGUGCUGCCUGGGGCUUGUCGACAUCUCCGACAUCUCCAACAACUACGAACAUGGACAGACUAUUCGCCGUAGUACUACUCCUGUUGUCCUCGUCGUCGUUGCAGAUCCACGCCGCAGUGCGCAGCAGCUUCUUCCGCCGCCGCCACGGCCGCUGCCGCUGCCGCAAUUUUACAUGCAUUUUGGAAAAUGCGGACACAAUUUGCAGCAGCAGGAAUUCGGGCUUUGGAGCAUGACGCGCCCGCUCAGUCAGCAACUUGGUCGCCAUUCCUUAGUUUUUUACUUGGACACGGGGAACGUGUUUCCGGUGGCCCCGGUCUUCGGUCGGGUGGAGCCGCCAGUCUUCAAAAUUCGUCAAAUGCACCUGGCGUAUUUCAACAAGAGCGGUGUCAUGGCCUGGUCACCAGCCCUGGAUAAGACGCCGUACCGGGAAACCGCGCCGUACUACUCGGUCUUCGUCAAUGGAACCAGGAUCAACACAGUACGUGAUCUCAAGGACAGCGGCGUCCUGACGCCGCAAACUUCCGUGUACAGCCUGAAAGUCAUCCUCAACGAUAUCGUACAGCCUUCAACCAAACUUUACCGAAUCGAGGUUGUCAAAUCGUGCGCCCUCGGAGUCGCCGCAAGUAACCUAGACGCCGCCUGCGCCGGCGUACCCGACCCGGCAACGGUGUUUUUGAAAGGGGAAGGCUACUUCGCCUUCUCCUUCUGGAACGUGGGUCAACCGCUAACCGUCAACGGAACGUACGUCAGGGACCACGCCUGGUGCCCGGUGCAGACCGGCAUAACCGUGGAUUGA